CAAAUAUCUGACAUGGGAUGUGCAUGGAGUGAACCAGCGAAAGUUCAGCAGGAUAAGAGUAGGGCCAUAGAAAAGCAAAUACGACAGGAUGCUGAAAAAUCCAUGAAGGAGGUCAAGUUACUUCUCCUUGGUGCUGGUGAGUGUGGGAAGUCAACAGUUUUAAAACAAAUGAAAAUAAUACAUGGAGAAGGUUACAGAGAAGAAGAGAGAAAAGAAUACAAACCCAUCAUUUUUGCCAACACCCUUCAGUCCAUGAUAAAAAUAGUAAAAGCAAUGGAAUCUCUGGAUAUAACGGCAGAUGAUUUCGACCAUGCAGAAGAGUUAAAACACCUUAACGGGUAUUUGGCUAUUGUAGAAGAAGGGGACUUUCCUGAGGAUUUAUCAAAGCUUUUACGAACAUUAUGGAGCAAUGCAAGUGUGCAGAAGUGCUUCGCGCGUUCCAAGGAAUAUCAACUUAACGAUUCUGCUGGCUACUACCUCGGUUCAAUAGAUAGGAUAUCUGCUCCAGAUUACUUACCAACUGAACAAGAUGUAUUGAGAUCUAGAGUUAAGACAACAGGUAUUGUGGAAACGAAUUUCCGGUUCAAGGAUCUAGAUUUCAAAGUAUUCGAUGUCGGUGGACAACGAGCUGAACGUAAAAAAUGGUUACAUUGUUUUGAAGGUGUCACAGCUAUUCUAUUCAUUGUAGCAAUGUCUGAAUAUGAUUUAAAAUUAGCUGAAGAUCAAACAACUAAUCGUAUGCAUGAAUCAUUACAAUUAUUCGAUUCAAUAUGUAAUAGUCAAUGGUUUGUUGAAACAAGUAUGAUAUUAUUUUUAAAUAAAAAAGAUUUAUUCGCUGAAAAAAUCAUUAAAUCUCCAUUGACUGUAUGCUUUCCAGAAUAUACAGGUGGUCAAACAUACGAAGAAGCAUCAAAUUAUAUACGUGAAAAAUUUGAAGAUGUAAAUCGUAGAAAAACUACGAAAACAAUUUAUACACAUUUUACAUGUGCUACAGAUAAUAAUAAUAUUAAAGUUGUAUUUGAUGCAGUGAUUGAUGUAAUUAUUAAAUCAAAUUUAAAAGAUUGUGGUCUGUUUUAA